CUCACUUAACUCGGUUCAAUUGAACUGUGUUUACAAUACUGUGAAUGAACGUGUAUAUCUAAACAUUUCAAAAUAUGUCGUCGGAAAAGUCAUCUGCGUUAAGUGAGGUUGGAGAUUUUUUAGUUGUAGCGGGAUAUUUUGUGCUGCUUGUUGCCGUAGGAAUAUGGAGUCUAUGUCGUGCUCACAGAGGAACGGUGAGGAACUACUUCCUUGCCGGAAGGUCAAUGUCUUGGAUUCCAGUAGGAGCAUCGUUGUAUGCUAGUAACAUAGGAAGCGAGCAUUUUAUCGGUCUAGCUGGAACAGGAGCCGCAGCUGGUAUUUCUAUCAUCAUAUAUGAAUGGCUGGGAAUGCCGUUAGUGAUUCUACUAGGAUGGAUGUUCGUGCCAGUGUAUAUAUCAGCCGGGGUGACGACGAUGCCGGAGUAUAUGGAGAAGAGAUUUGGGGGCCAGAGGAUAAGAGUGUACCUCAGUAUACUAUCUCUGGUCGUAUACAUUAUAGUCAGACUGGCCGCGACGAUAUUCGGCGGUUCUCUGUUCAUACAAAUGGCGAUGGGCUGGAACAUGUACCCAUCUAUAGCAUUCCUGCUAGUUGUCACAGGGGUAUUCACCGUUUUAGGCGGUCUAACAACCGUGAUAUAUACGGACACGUUCCAAACCGGAAUACUACUGGCAGGCUCUAUAGUGCUGUCGGUAAUGAGUUUCCAUAAAAUAGGCGGAUAUGCAAACCUACAGGAAAGAUAUAUGGAUUCAGUUCCAAAAAUUCGGGAUAGCAACAGCACGUGCGGUUUGCCAAGAGAGGAUGCAUUUAAUAUACUACGUGAUCCUAUAAAUUCGGACAACCCCUGGCCUGGCCUCAUUUUGCAGAUGGUACUGGGCUGCAUGUGGUAUUGGUGUAACGACCAGGUUAUUGUCCAGCGAACGCUGGCAGCCAAGUCACUGUCACACGCUAAAGGCGGCUCUCUGAUAGCCGGAUUUCUGAAGAUCUUGCCCAUGUACAUCAUGGUCAUGCCGGGUAUGAUCAGCAGGGUCUUAUUUCCAGAUGAAGUAGCCUGCGUGGACCCUGAUGAAUGCACGAAGUACUGCGGCAACCCUGUUGGAUGCUCGAACAUCGCUUAUCCCAAACUGGUUCUCGAAAUCUUACCUACAGGAUUACGAGGCCUACAGGUGGCGGUCAUGCUAGCAGCAAUAAUCGGUUCAUUAACCUCGAUCUUCAACAGUGCCAGCACAAUUUUUACCAUGGACCUCUGGACCAGAAUACGAACAAACGCGUCCGAAAAAGAAAGACUGGUCGUAGGAAGGGUAUUUAUUGUAUUUAUGUGUAUACUGAGUGUUUUGUGGAUACCACUGGUAAAAUCUUCACAAAGCGGUCAACUUUUCAUCUACCUGAACGCCAUACAAGGUUACCUAGCAACGCCAAUUGGUGCCCUGUUUUUAAUGGCUGCAUUAUGGAAAAGAAUGACAGAGCCGGCAGCGUUUUUCUCACUGCUCAUAGUGCAGGUGAUUGGACUGGCUCGGCUGAUUAUCGAUUUUACAUUCCCAGCACCUGUCUGCGGCGAGCCGGAAACCAGACCGGCAGUAUUGUAUGAGGUUCAUUACACGUACUUCUGCGUGAUGUUGUUCUUUCUGACCAUGAUUAGCAUUGCGGUGAUCAGUAUGUUUACAAAGCCAAGAGAAAAUGUUGAUGGACUAACUUGGUGGACAAUAAAAAAGGCAUUAAUUGAUACUCCAGGGUCGGAUCUUGAAGCUAAAGAAAUCAAUUCGUUCGCCAUGAAAGGUAAGACAGACUCUACAUUAGAAAGUGACAUAUCCGAAAACGAUGACAGCACUUCAACAGGAGACGAUUCUAAAUCACGUGAUUCAGAGGUCAAGGCCGAGAUAGGAAAGGUCAAAAGAAUCAUAUACAGGAUAUGUGGCGUCCCUAUAGUGUCUCACUCCUACCAUAGCGAGGACAUGCACGUGAAAUACAAGAGGCGUUUCUUCAAAGAAGAUCCAUUUUGGAAAACCGUGUUAGAUAUAUUCGCCGUGAUAGGAAUGUUGCUUGUAACAUUUUUGGUUGGAUAUUAUCGUUAGUGUGUUAGUGUGCAACCCGUGAUUGUGUAUGUUUCAGGAUUCCGUUUUAGGUUGUCCUUUUAUACUCUUUUAUACUUGUCGUCAUGUUGAAGAGGGGCGUCUAUAUAAUCAUUGCACUGUACCUUAUUGUAAAGCAUACUUUAAAGUCAACACGAGCCCAGAAAAAUCGCGAUUUUGGAAUAUUUUCACCUUACACGGUACAUGGUGUAUAUAUGUGCAUGUGUUUUUUCAUGUCAUGGUUUAUUUUCGUUUUCUUUUCGUUCUUGCGUCAUAAUCAUAAUACAGCUGUUUGAUCUCCUUUUUCAGCUCAUAUUGUUCCUCUUUGAUACAUUACACGGUCAACACUAGAUAAUGACCAGCUUUUCAACAUAAAAAAAUAAACAGUCUUUGCUAAGGAGAAGGUUUCUCGAUAAUGUUGUACUGUUUAAAAUUGUUACGUUUAAUGGCUAUAAACUUACGUAGGAAAAUGGUUUGACUAAAAUACGGAUGUUCUGUCUUACCGAUCUUCUAACAUGUGGAUUCAUGCGCACCAUUAUUGCUCCAGAACUAUAAAUGUUGUACAUGUACCAGAAAUGAACAUCAACUGAAUUUUAGUAGAAAAUGGUUUAGGGGGAAUAAUCUAUGUUCCGAUUUCAUUCUUGCUGUAGGCUUUACUUCCCUUUAACAGUUUUGUAUACACAUGUUGCGUGUUCAUUUAAUUUUAGACAUUCAAAAGCAACAUUGUGAAUGUGGAAUGGACAAACUACGUAUAAUACUAGCUGAUAUUCAGCUGCAUUUUAAUUUUAUUCUCUCUUUUUGUGAGAGAUGCUUAUUUUUGACAGUUAAUUGUACGUCAGUGCAGUUAAUUCAUGUAUUAGAUCCUGUCUUAAACGGUUCUCUGUAUAGGAAGCUGAAAAAAUGACUAAGGGACAAGUAUUUAGUAAAAGUGUGGUCGUCAAGGACUAUUAUAGUAGUAAAUGUAUACAGAAGCUCGACAUCACUUAGCGUUAUUCUGUUAUUUGUAUUUAUAACAGCUUUUAAAAUGAAUGUAUCGGUUAUGAAUAAUAUAUUUGUAAAUUUC